GGUGGCAGAAGAAGAACCUCAGGAACACGUACAUGCUGCUUAGUCUGGCCAUCCUGACGUCUGCCACCAACGGAUAUGAUGGAUCCAUGGUCAACGGUCUGUUGUCUCUGAAUCAGUUCACCGAGUGUGAGUCUCGCAUUUCCAAAGGAAUUUCUGGCUUGCUAAUUGCCCUGCAGACAUGCACAACCCCUCUGGUUCUAUCAAGGGUCUGUUCUCCAGCAUCAUGUCGCUAGGUUCUUUCGUCGCCUUGCCUGCAAUUCCUUACAUCGCUGAUGGGUUGGGCCGAAGAUGGGGUAUCUGCAUUGGUUCCAUUAUCAUGAUUUUGGCCGUUGUCCUCCAGAGCGCUUCCGUCAACUUUCAGAUGUUUGUGGCCGCUCGAUUUUUCCUCGGAUUCGGUGUUGCUAUUGCUCACGGCUCCGCACCUCUGCUCAUCACUGAGUUGUGCCACCCGCAGCACCGUGCUAUCUUCACCACGGUGUACAACACAACUUGGUAUUUCGGAUCCAUUGUGGCUGCAUGGCUCACAUACGGCACCAACAACAUCGGCAGCGACUGGGCGUGGCGCAUUCCCUCCAUUGUCCAAGCCUUGCCUUCAAUUCUCCAGAUCACUUGUGUCUGGUUCGUUCCUGAAUCUCCACGUUGGUAUAUCUCCAAGGGCCAGAACGAGAAGGCUUUGGCCGUUCUUGCUCACGUCCACGCUGAAGGAGACGCCAACGACGAGAUUGUCCAGAUGGAGUACGAAGAAAUCAGGGAGACCAUCGCCAUCGAGAAGGAGGCCGAGCAGACCGGAUGGCUCGAGAUCUUCAAGACCAAAGGCAAUCGCCACAGGUUUAUCAUCCUGAUUUCUGCCGGUUUCUUCUCGCAAUUCUCCGGCAACGGUCUCGUCUCCUACUACAUUUCCGGCGUUCUCGACACUAUUGGCAUCACGGAUCCCGACAUGCAACUCAAGAUUAACGGAGUUCUCAACAUCUGGAACUGUCUCGUUGCCGUCACUAUGUGCUUCUUCGUCGACAAGAUCGGUCGUCGUCCGCUCUUCCUUGUUUCCACCGCCGGCAUGUGCAUGUCCUUUGUCAUCUGGACCAUCCUUUCCGAGCGCUUCGAAGCCACGCACGUCAAGGCCAAUGGCAGUGCUGUCGUCUUUAUGAUCUUCCUCUACUACACGUUCUACAACAUCGCCUGGUCUGGUCUCCUUGUCGGUUAUACCGUCGAGAUUCUGCCCUACUCUAUCCGUGCGAAGGCCAUGUGCUACAUGUUCGCCUGCGUCGAUCUCGCACUGUUCUUCAACACCUACAUCAACCCCGUAGCGCUCGAUGCUAUCAAGUGGAAGUACUACAUCGUUUACUGCGUCUGGCUCGCGGUUGAGCUUCUCGUUGUUUACUUCUUCUACAUCGAGACCAAGAACACGCCCCUUGAGGAGAUCGCUCGUCACUUUGAUGGUGACGCUGCUUUGAUCGGUGGAAAUGCAGCAACUGAGAAGGGCCGCAUUAUCGAGCACGAGAUCCACGAGAAGGAGAAGACCGCUGCAGUUACUGAGGAGCGUGUUGGUUCCAGCUAGAUUGUGACUUGGUACGUAAGCCAGGGCGGGGACCGUAGAGUAGCAUGCAUGCAAGAAGCUGUAAUUCGAUACCUGGUUAUCGACUCUCACUGUUUUCAAGUGAUCUUUUGCGAGACGCGUUGUGUGAAUCAGUAGUAAUCCUACUGUCAGAAUUCGUCUUUGUGAGCAUUCCACACGCAGCGGCACGGCUUAAUUC